GACUGAACACCGGGGACCAGACGGGCCGGGCCGAGGGGCGGCGGCGAAAGGCAGAGCGCAGCGAUCUCUGUCGGGAAGCGCAACCUCCUCGGGCCCCGCGGGGCCGCGCAGGGGGCGUUCUCAAUCCCGCGCCCGCUCCCUCUUUCCAUCCCCUGCCGCCCGCAGGCCACCCCGGGGCCCGGUUAUCCGCGCGCGCGUACCCGGGCUCGGGCCCGUCCCCGGCCCUCGAGGGAGUCGCUGCCCUCACCGAGACCUCUGCAGCGGCCGCACCAGAGGCCGCCCGGGCAGGACCCCGGCGUGAGCAUCGAGCGCCCCCCAAGGAGUGCACGACCCCCGGAGCCACCCUCAACACGGACCGCGCCCGCCGGGCACACAAGAAUGGUCACUCAGAUACUCGGGGCCAUGGAGUCUCAGGUGGCGGGGGGCCCGGCUGGCCCGGCCCUGCCCAACGGGCCACUCCUUGGUACAAACGGAGCCAGUGAUGACAGCAAGACCAACCUCAUCGUCAACUACCUGCCCCAGAACAUGACCCAGGAUGAGUUCAAGAGUCUCUUCGGCAGCAUUGGUGACAUUGAGUCCUGCAAGUUGGUUCGGGACAAGAUCACAGGGCAGAGCCUCGGCUACGGGUUUGUGAACUACUCUGACCCCAACGAUGCAGACAAAGCCAUCAACACCCUCAACGGCCUCAAACUGCAGACGAAGACCAUCAAGGUGUCCUAUGCCAGGCCCAGCUCCGCCUCCAUCCGGGAUGCGAACCUGUACGUCAGCGGGCUCCCCAAGACCAUGAGCCAGAAAGAGAUGGAGCAGCUCUUCUCCCAGUACGGCCGCAUCAUCACUUCUCGCAUCCUGGUGGACCAGGUCACAGGUGUCUCUCGGGGUGUGGGAUUCAUCCGCUUUGACAAGAGGAUCGAGGCCGAGGAGGCUAUCAAAGGACUGAACGGGCAGAAGCCGCUGGGUGCGGCCGAGCCCAUCACGGUCAAGUUUGCCAACAACCCGAGUCAGAAGACCGGGCAGGCCCUGCUCACUCACCUCUACCAGUCCUCCGCCAGGCGCUACGCAGGCCCCCUGCACCAUCAGACACAGCGCUUCCGGCUGGACAAUUUGCUCAACAUGGCCUACGGAGUCAAGAGUCCCCUGUCGCUCAUCGCCAGGUUCUCACCCAUCGCCAUCGACGGCAUGAGCGGCCUCGCGGGUGUGGGCCUGUCAGGGGGCGCGGCGGGCGCUGGCUGGUGCAUCUUCGUGUACAACCUGUCUCCGGAGGCAGAUGAGAGUGUGCUGUGGCAGCUGUUCGGGCCCUUCGGGGCAGUCACCAAUGUCAAGGUCAUCCGCGACUUUACCACCAACAAGUGCAAGGGCUUUGGCUUCGUCACCAUGACCAACUAUGACGAGGCGGCCAUGGCCAUCGCCAGCCUCAACGGCUACCGCCUGGGCGAGCGCGUGCUGCAGGUGUCCUUCAAGACCAGCAAACAGCACAAGGCCUGAGCCACCGCCGCCCUCCCCACCCUUCCCGGGCAGCAGAGACAGAGAGAGAGAGAGAGAGAGAGAGAUUGAGAGAGAGAGAGAGAGAGACAGGGGCCCGAGAGAGACAGCGCAGGCAGACCACGGACGGCACGAGGGCCCCGUGUCCCUGCAGAAGCCACAGGGUGAGCACUCGGUGGGAGGGUCUGCAGGGAAUGGGAGGGCUCCUGGGGGUCCCCCACCCCGUCCUCCUGCCCCUCCCCCCGAGGCUGGGCUGUUCACUCUCUCGUCUUGGUUUUGUUCAUGGUGAAGGUUUUUGUUUCCUUUUUCGGCUAAAGUGAAAGCAGAGAUGUGCCCCCAGCCCACCCUCAACCACCCUCCGUGGAUGGCUUGGGGAAGGGGUGCUGGGGGUGCCCUCCCAGGCCCCCUUGCCCAGGCCUCCCCAACACCUAGGUGAGCCUGAGAGGGGGGAACAGGUUUAAAAAUCCCCAAAAAAGCGAAACGUGAGAGGGGUGUGGGCAUCCCUGGCCCAGAGCCCCUUGGAGGAAUGUGAGGAGCAGGGGGAGGGGCUGGAAGCAGAAACACAAUGAA